GCAGGUGACACCGCGCUAGGUUGCUCCGGCUCGGCGGGCACGGCGGCAGCGGCGCGGCGGCCAUGCACGUCAAUGGCAAGGUGGCCCUGGUCACCGGCGGGGCGCAGGGCAUCGGCAGGGCCUUCGUCCAGGCGCUGCUGGGCAAGGGCGCCAAGGUAGCCCUGCUGGACCGCAACUCCGAGGCCGGGCAGGAGAGCAAGGCGGCCCUGGACGAGCAGUUUGAAGCGCAGAGGACGGUGUUCAUCCAAUGCGACGUUACGGAUCAGGAGCAGCUGAAAGGUGCUUUCAAAAAAGUAAUUGAACAUUUUGGAAGGCUGGAUAUCGUGGUUAAUAAUGCUGGUGUCAACAAUGAGAAGGACUGGGAAAGCACUAUACAAAUUAACUUGACAUCUGUGAUUAGAGGAACCUACCUUGGCCUAGAAUACAUGAGAAAAGGCAAUGGAGGCGACGGAGGAGUAAUCAUUAAUAUCUCAUCUUUGGCAGGACUCAUGCCUGCUGCAUUCCAACCUGUGUACUGUGCUACAAAGCAUGGUGUAAUUGGAUUCACACGGUCAAUAGCAUUAGCUGCUAAUAUGGAAAACUACGGUGUGAGACUCAACACAAUUUGUCCAGGAUUUGUCAACACACCAAUUCUUCAGUCAAUAGAUAAAGAAGAGAAUAUGGGACAAUAUUAUUCAUAUAAAGAUGAGAUCAAAAAUAUGAUGCAGUUCUACGGCGUGAUGGACCCAUCAAUAAUUGCUGAAGGACUGAUAACAAUAAUUGAAGAUGAUACUCUAAAUGGAGAAGUUAUGAAGAUUACAGCAUCCCAAGGGAUUCAUUUUCAACAAUACAACCAAACACCUUUUACAUCAAAGACAUAAAUAAUUGUUUUAUGUUAAUUAUUUUUGGCUUUUCUUAAAUAUAACAAAUUCUGAAGAGUAAUUUUUGGGAAAAAAGGUUUGUGUUCCAUCUAGAGCAAUGACAGUGUUCAAAACUUCACGUCCUAAUAACAAAGAGAUGGACAAGAAAAUCUGGUGUGGGAAGAUGUUACCAUCCUCUUUUGAUUCUAUAAGCACUAAUAAUAGUAUUUAUUCAGUAGAAUAAGCAGAGUGCUCUGAAGAUUUUUUUAUUAUGUAGUAAUAGGGGCCAGUUUUUUCCUUCUGGUAUUUCUGAUCUACGUACUCCAAGCAUAUUUUGGUGGACCUGACUUACUUCAUAUAAUUCUUUUCACUGUAAAAGCGUCUAUUUGUUUACAUCUUGAAUUCUUCAGACCAGGAAUUCAGUUCAGGAAUCCAGAACACAAGUAUACCUAUAAGGAGUUAAGAAUUUACUUUUUCUUGGAAAAUGUAAUGUAGAACAAGAGGUAAAAUUCUCUUUCCUCAUUUAUAUAUGCAACUGAAUACGUUGCAUAUCACCCAAGAAAGUACAGGGUUUUUAUCUUCUUGGAUUUUAGCUAUUUAUAAAAUAGGUCAGAAUUAUUUUUGUUUUCUUUUAUAGAUCUAUGUAUGUAUGAAUUUUCUCUUUCUGUAUAUACAAGGACAAAUACUUUGGCAUUGAUUGAAAUGUCUACUUUCUCAUUAAAUCUCGUUUUCUAUAUGUUUAAAUCUAA